AUGGCGAAGUUAAUCGCAAACUCAAUUAUAAAGUUCGCAGUCUUGGGCGUGCUGCAGUUCGCUGCAAUCGAGCCAACGAGUGAUGGAGCUUACGCAAGUUCCACUCAUUUGGAGCACGAUGGUGGUGCAAGCAGUAAGGACUAUUUCAGGAUGACCAACGACUUCGAACGCACCGGAGACACCGAUCGUUCCGAGGCUUUCACGCUCACCAGUGAUCGACGGAGCGUGGUUGAGUGUGGUGGCGUUUACAAACGGUUGCAGAGUGAGAUUCGAUCGCCCGGAUUUCCUGGGGAUUACCAGGGUCACCUGCACUGCGAGUACACCUUCAAGUCACCGUUCAUUUGCAGCAGUCAGUAUCACUUCCAGUUCGUCGAGUUCCAGCUCGAACCGUCCCGUAACUGCUCGAAGGAUCGCCUCGCGAUCGGUGACGAUGAGGUCCUGUGUGGGUCUGUGAUCGGUUCGAAGGUGUACGAUGCUCCAAGAGGUUUGUUGAGGAUGAAGUUUGUCACCGAUGGUUGGGGAACGGGUCGAGGAUUCAGGAUCCUCGUCACUAGGCAACCAUGCAGCGAAGCUGAUAACGAAGCAGCGGAGUCCUCGACGGCGUACACCGUCUACAGCACACUACAGGUUGAGGAUGAGACGGAAGCGAAUGUGCAAGACACCACGACUGAGAUGACGGUGCUCACUUCCGGUGAUGGGAAGGUGGUGAGCAGUCGGCAGGACAUUCCACCUGAGUUUAAUCCGGGUGGAAAUGAAUAUGUUCCACCCGGACCUUCACCGACAUAUCCUUCUCAGCCGACGUAUCCUUCCCAACCGACGUAUCCUUCCCAACCAUGUCCAGCACCGUGUGCGUAUUAUCCUUGGGGAUGUUCGCCGACUCCUAGUUAUCCUUACGUGCCGGUUCAUCCUCCCAGACCCACCUGCGACCCACGGUAUCAAUCAUGUCCACCCAGCUAUCCCAGUUAUCCGGUGUAUCCCCAACAACCUACUCCACAAAAUCCUGCCUGUUCGAAGAAUCCUUGCACUGUUCCACAACCACCCCAGCUGUAUCCUCCCUACUACCCACCCGGAUAUCCAACGACCUCAGGCACGGAAGGUACCACGUCCCUUGGAGGUCCUCCACCAGGCUACCAACCGGUGAAGGUCCAACCAAAACCCGAAUUUCCCGAACCAACGACGGAGCGCAAUGAACAGGAAAAUCAGGUCGCUUUUGUCCCCGGUUUGGGUCCCACCUGUUGCCGGAACGCGUUUUCCCAACGCCGGUUUUAUCUGGCCAGCGCUAACUUCCCUUCGCAGACCACCGUCCAGCAGGAUUGCGUCGUGAGGAUACAACGGCAUUCACCCGCCACCUGCCGGUUGGUGAUUGGAUUCAAGUUCUUCGUCCUGGGCAGCGAUCAGUACCCGGGAUGUCCGGGUGGUUUCAUCGAGCUCGAUGGACGCCGGAUUUGUGGCUGUCGGACGGGUCAAGUCUACCGGACGGCGGAAUUUGGACCAUACACCAGCAAAACGAUUCGCAUACACACGCAACCCGGACGUUUUCCAACCGUACACGGGUUCGUGCUGGAUGUCCUGCAAGAGGACUGUCCACAGCGUGUGCCACUGAAGCGCAGGAGUGAUGGGUAUGACGUGGUGAAGCGUUCGAUUGAGCAGACUCCUCGGAAUAGCUACGAGAUGUCACGCGUUGAAGGUCGUCAACUGACGCUGCCGGUACGAACCGUCCAGACGACUAACAGCAGUACCACGCAAGAGACCACACACCAUUACUACGUGUACGAUCUGAACGACGCCCAGCCAAUCGUGCGGCCUCAGGAAGUUCCACUUGUGGCUGCGGAAAGCCAACGCCAAAGCGUCGUUCAGUUUCCGACGGCCGAUUCCACAAACCGGUGUAUUUUUACUACGCUGGAUUUGUUUCGCUUAAAGCUGGACUGGUUGUGGCUCUUUAAGCCCGUGUGUAUAGCUUGAUGAGCUGCAGC